UGGGCGGCCUAUACGUCACCCUCCUCCUCCUUCAGGUAGGAGAGUGAUGUCACUGCAGACCAGGUGAGCUGGCUGCGUGGACUGGUACCCGGGCACAACAUUAUCUAGGGUGAAAAUAAAACUGGCACCCAGAAGUCUGAUAGCCGUAUCGGCAUGGCCGUCUGCCAAACCUUCCAUCUUUUAAGCUUGACCGCCCUUACAUUACUGGGUUUGGGCCUGAUUCCACCACCGCUUGUAAUAGCCAUACCUGAGCCAGGAGUCUGGUCCGUGCCUGCCUGGAACGGGGCAGAAUUAAGACCCAUCGUUUUCAGGAAAACAUUAUUUAAUGCAUCAGAUAUACAGCUAAAAAUUGGAGCUCAGAGUUGUCCAGAGACAUUGACGUUUACUGUGGAAUGGUAUCUGACAUACUAUCAAUGUUAUAAUGAAUUUGUCAACCUUGAAGAGCAAGUAUCUAGACACUCUGACAAAGAAACAGAAGAAGAUUUUUGUGCGGUUUUCUUUUCAGGAAAGCAGUGCAUCAAGUCAAUAGAAAAGAACAUUGUUUGCAAAACUGACACACUGAUUCUUCCUCAUUUGAAUAGGAGUGGUGUAAACCCGCUGCUUUUUCUAAAGCUCAAAGGACAAGAAAAAAAAGAAACCAGCACCUCAAAAAAUCUAAAAGAAUCAAAGAAUAUCAAGUCUUUGUCAAAGAGAAGCCUUUUAAACAAAGAGCAUCAUGAUAUUGUGGCUACAACAUGGCAAAGUGGUCCCUACAUCUUAGUAGUCUUCAUAACAGCAGACCCACCAAACGCAAAAUGGAAUUUAACAGUUACUGCUUUAAUGGAGGGUCCUCAUGGGUACAUAUCUGCUUCAGAAUGGCCACUGAUGAUUUUUUACAUGGUGAUGUGCAUAAUAUAUAUACUGUUUGGGCUGCUAUGGCUAUAUUGGUCUGCCUAUUAUUGGAAGGAUUUAUUAAGGAUACAGUUUUGGAUUGCUGCUGUCAUUUUCCUUGGAAUGUUGGAAAAAGCUGUUUUCUAUUCUGAAUAUCAAAAUGUGAACAGUACCGGAAUGGCCUCUUAUGGCCUUCUUAUAUUUGCUGAGUUGGUUUCAGCUGUAAAAAGAACCUUGGCAAGGCUGCUUGUGACGAUUGUUAGCCUUGGAUAUGGCAUAAUAAAACCUCGUUUAGGAGCAGUUAUGCAUCGUGUGGUUGGAAUUGGUGUUCUUUACCUUGUGUUUGCCACAGUUGAAGGAGUUAUGAGAAUUGUUGGGUCAAGAGAAUCUGACCUGGUUCUUCUGGCCAGCAUCCCUUUGGCGCUGUUAGACUCUGCCUUGUGCUGGUGGAUAUUUGUAAGUUUGGCACAAACAAUGAAGACGCUAAAAUUAAGAAAGAACACUGUGAAAUAUUCACUCUACAGACACUUUACAAAUACCUUAAUUUUUGCUGUAAUAGCAUCCGUCAUAUUUAUGGCUUGGACAACCAAGAAGUUCAGAUUAGCAAACUGCCAAUCUGAUUGGAUGGAGCUGUGGGUUGACGAUGCGUUUUGGAGAUUCCUUUUUGUAGUUAUCUUAUUAGUAAUCAUGUUUCUUUGGAGACCUUCUGCAAACAACCAGAGGUUUGCAUUUACCCCUCUCAUGGAUGAUUCUGAUGAUGAGGUAGAAGAAUUCCUGGUUACAGAUCAUUUAGCUGAGGGGAUGAAAUUACGAGGAACCAAGCCAGAAUCCAAUGGAAUGUCUAAAGCAGUUGUUCAGAAUGAUGAAGACUUGAAGUGGGUGGAAGAAAAUAUUCCAUCUUCUCUCGCUGAUGCGGCUCUUCCAGUAUUAUUGGAUUCAGAUGAGGAGAUCAUGAUGACCAAAUAUGAAAUGUCCAAAAUUCAGUGAUGCCUGCCUAAAUCAAUGAUAUUCUACUUCAAUGCACAAGAGAACCUACUUUGGCACAGACUAUGGCAAUGCGAAAGAGUUUUAAAUAUAUUAAGUGUUAAUACUGUUUAAAUUAUAUGAUCUUCCAAAGCUCUUACCGAUA